AUGCUCUCCAGAGCCACAGUGCCUGUGCACACUUCGAACUCGUACAUACCUCCGUACAAUGCGGUACGAGUACCAGCGAGAAUCCCAUCGGGCUGGAAUACCAGGGAAUCCUUUGUUCGAAACUUCGAGGAAGCUGGCCGGCCUAUGCCUGACAUUCCGGGGUUGAGCUGUUUAGUGGAGGAGGAGACCAGUGGACGACAACCGAUCUUAAGGAAGGGAACUCGACAUGCUCCGAUUCUUCUCAAGCCGAAGAUUCUGACAGCGCUGCUAGCUUCAAUGGCUACUCCUCCGCCACCUGCUGGAACUGGUGAGCCAGAUAUCAACCACGGACCGCGGCUUUUUGCAGCAACUGCGGUGGUGACCAUAUUUGCUCUAGUCGCGGUUUGCACAAGACUAUGGGUCAGGAAGGUUAUGAUCAAGUCGGUGGGGUGGGAUGAUGUGUUCAUGGUAGCGGCGAUGAUUCUCUCGCUUGUCGCCGAGGGUUUGACCAUUGCUGAUGUUUACUAUGGGGCGGGUCGACAUGCAGCAUACCUCACCGAUCCUGACAAGCACUCUUACGGCUUGUUUCUCAACUUCGUCAGCCAGCCAUUCUAUCUCGUCGGCGUUGUCUUGGUGAAGGUUAGCAUUGGGCUCUUCCUAGUACGAAUAACACCAUCGGUAUUCUUCAACCGCUUCAUCUGGUCCAUGCAGGCCUUCAUGUGUAUAUACACCACCAUAGCGCUAAUUACAAUUUUUACCCAAUGCAGACCUCUGAGCGUCAUCUGGGAUCACACAGUGACUGAGGCAAUUUGCUUCACUCCGCUUGGCCUCCGUGCCUGUGCAUAUUUUAAUGCCGCAUGCGGCAUCUUUGCCGAUCUUGUCUUCGCAUUGAUUCCUAUUCCCAUGCUAUGGAACGUCAGAAUAAACACGCAGGUCAAGGCCGCACUCUUCGGAAUCUUAUCAUUAGGUUUAUUGUAUGUCAAGUUCUUUUUGGACUACUCUGGACACGAUGUUACACUGGAAGAGCGUGCUAACAUGACCUGUAUAUAUAGUGCAACUGCGGCAUGUAUUGUCAAAGUCGUCUACCUCACGUCUUAUGGGAAAUACAAUGACUUCCUCUGGGACAGCGUUGAUAUCACGAUCUGGACGUCCUGUGAACUCAACAUUGGCAUCUUCGCCGCUUCAAUCGCGACCCUCAAGCCACUGUUCCGAGCCACUUUCCGAGGAUCAUCCCUCAGUAAAGGCUAUACCAACGGCACCAAGGACCAGAGGUCCAUGGACAAGAGUGGAUUCGUGAAACAUAUAAGCAACCAUCAAGGCGAAAACAAGAUCGGAGACGGAAGUAGAAGUCAUGAUGACGAUUUUGAGAUGUACGGAAACGUCGUCACGACAAAUAAGAAGAGGGGUGUGACGGACAUGGACAGUGAAUCGCAGGAGAUUAUCUUGCCUUUUCAGAAUCCGGGAAUAAUGAAAACAACACAAGUCAACGUCUCUGUUAGCGACGUGCGAACGAAGAAAUAUUAUGAUGAUGCUGCGUAA